AUGCCGCCAGUCAAAAUGGAGGAGAUCCGCCCUGACGACGAAACCCUCACAAGCAAAGACCCGCCCCUGCCUCCGCCAGCAGACUACAAAGACAUUGCAGCCAAGUUGUUUCGAGAAGAGUUUGUGCUGAUUGAACCAGAAGAGUACACGCAGUUUUUGGCGGCGCUGGACAACGAAAGCGCCGUGAUCCGCGAGCACUACAUGGAUAUGUUCACCUGGGACGCCAACUUGUUGGCGCUGACGCGAAUGUUGUGCCUGAAGCUCUACUUGAAGGGCGAGUCGCAGGAAAUCGACCGCAUCCUUUCCGCCUUCACCAAGCUGUAUCUUAAGCAGCACCCGUCCAAUGUUUUCAGCACGGGCGACUUUGAGCAGAUCUACAUUGUCUUGUACAGUCUCAUCUUGUUGAACACGGCGUUGCACAAUGGCGAGCUUGCGAAAACGCUGAAGAUUUCGCAGACAGACUACAUCCGCAACACCGUUUCCACGUUCCAGCAGAGCAAAAAGGGCGCCCGCGCGUUGCUGGUGCGGCAGAAAAUCCGCAUCGAGCGCGAGCUUCAGCACUACUACGAGGACUUGGCGCGCCAUGAACUUUACUUGAAGCGCGCCGACACCCCGCGCCGCACCAACAAGCGCUAUUCGGUGGCCGAGACCAUCAUGUCGCACGAAAGCCGGCCCGAAGGCCGCCCUGAAAGACACGGCGACGAAGCGCGCCGCGCCAACACCAGCGCGAGACACGCCAGCACAGACCCAAGUGGAAACACAGGCACCACAAACAACACGAGUGCAAGCACAAACAAUACAAACACAAACAACACAAACACAAACAACACAAACACAAACAACACAAAUAACACAGACAACACAAACGCAAACACAAACGCAAAUGCAAACACUACAAACAUACCCCAUGAUACCGCCUCCACAGACGCCCGAGACCCCAACGGCUUGCCGCCCUACUCGGUGCACGAAGCGCCCAGUCACAUGCAUGCGAACCACCACGCCAAUUUGGAUGCGCAUCUUUUGGGCGAGUACGCCUCCAGCAUUACGCCCAGUGGCUCCAGCGACAACGAUUUUGGCCGCCCGUCCCUUGCAGUCCUGCGCACGGCGUCGGCGAUGUCAGGCGCGUCCGCCCUGUCCACGCCACGUGCUCGGUUUGGGUUUACGCGCGCGCUUCACUCGGAGGCCACGCCCGCCGGCCUGCUUCGCAACUACCGCUCGCUCGACCAUUUGGGCGCGCUGCGCACUGUAUCGCGCCGCACCUCGCGCACGCUGAUGGUGACCGCCGAAACGGCGCCCGGCGACUCUGUGUCCACAGUUUCCGCCGAAGAUUUCCCUCUUUGGGACUUGCCGUCCCCAGGCGGCGACAAGCUCCUCCCAGACGACUUUGAUGCGGCCGAUUACCAGGACCAAGUCGACUUGAAGCUUGAGUUGCAAGGUGCGCCGUACUUGAAAGAAGGCUUGCUUCGAUUGCGCAUUUUGCACAACGACUUGGCAGACCUGAGCACCACUGCAGACCAGGCGGUUGUCCAGGCUGUCAACCCGGCGCCAGGCCGUUUCUUUUCCUUCUUCAAUCGAUCCUUCCGCGCCUCCGAGCAGCAGUCGCCCAUGGGCACAGGUGGCCUUUUCUCGGGCCGCCCAACAGAAUACUUUGUUGUGGUUUCCAAGGGCGAACUCCGGCUCUACCUGUUUGACCCAAAAGUGGUGAAGAAGCAGCAUGCACGGAGGAAGAAAUUGCACAAGCAUGCAGACGCGGACGAAGAAGACGAGGAGGAGUCAGAGCGGGGCGAUGGUAAUUGGCUCAAGAACGCUGCUAAUGUCGGCAACUACAACUUGUGUGCCACUGCUGCGCGCCAUGAAAAGCCUGAUGCUGGCUCCGGCCGCUUCGCUUGGUCCUUGACGUUUCCUAAAGUCAGCAAGCAUCAGCCCAAGAAAUUCAUCUUUGAAGCCGGCACAUCAGAGGUAGCGGCCGAGUUUGUCGACACAUGCAACUUUUGGGCAGCCAAGAUUUCUGCCAUUCCUGCGUUGGAGGAAAGUGUCUCGUCGAUCGAGUACGGCUGGAACGAUGUGGAUGCCCUCUUGGCCAUGGGCGAUUCUUUCAAGCGCACAAAGCGGCUUCUGCGCUACGAGCCUAUUCCAAAGGGUGUUUAUCUCAGCAGCUACGUUGUUCAGGAUUCCUUCAGCCACGAUGGAAUGCUGCAGCAGUUUAUGCUGACCUUACGCUAUUACAACAAUUUGAAGCACGUUUACGCAACUUUCAGCCAAACUAAGGCACGUUUCAUGGCUGGCUUGCGCAAACAAGCGCGCUGUUCCAAUUACAAGCUUGCAGUCACUAACUUCGACACUCGUGCUUCAGAGUACAAGGCUGAACUCGGCCGUUAUAAGAAUUACUUGCAGAUGCUUGCACAAGGCUUGCGGCUUCGGUUCAAUUCCGAGGCAGAAGAGGACAUCGAAUCGUGGAAGGCAGAGCUCGCCCAAAGCGAACCCCCGUUGACCGAGGAUCAGAUCUCUACUGAAAUACAACGCCGGCUUGCCGAACGCCUCGACACUGAGUCCGAUUUGACUCGUGCGGUACGAAACGAGAUUGCCAAAAGAAUGGCAACAGAAGAUGAACACGCGCGUGAAGAGCUUACACCAUUGGUCAAAUCGCCGAAGACGUUUAGCUUUACUAAUAUCAAGGACUCGGACGUAAGUCCCAUCGGCCAGCUUCUUAGUGUGGACGGCAAACCUGACGGGGAGCUUCACCAAGUGAAAAAAGAACUCAUCUUGAGCUUCAGCACCAACACUAUAACGGAGGAGGAAGAACCAGAGGACGAACGGACUGGAUAA